AUGCGAACAUUACGAAGACGAAAUGAAACGAAAUCGCCAGGAUCAGCUCCGGAAGUAGAACUUACACCUGCCGAUAAGUUUCGAACGGCAACGUUUUUGGUUAUUAUCGAUAAUUUGAUUGCUGAGUUGAAGAAACGUAAGGAAGCAUACGCCACUGUUGCGCCAAGGUUUGGAUUUUUGAGAACUAUGAAGGAGCUACCUGACGACAAACUGACACUGAGUGCAAAUUAUCAGCUUUGUAAAAUUUACCCAGGUGACCUUGAGCCGAGUCUUUCAGACGAGCUAUUACAGUUCUCUGCCUUCCUGAAAACCGAGCUUGCCGAGAGAUACUUGGAUUCUUCGUGA